UUUUCGGUUAGCAUCAUGCUGCCGGAGAAAGAGAAAUUGACAACGUAUCACAUGACAAGUCACAUGACGAUAAUGUGAUAAAGCAAUCGACCGGCCCGCAUACUGAUUAUAUGCUGAAUACACGCCACGUUUAUUAUUAGUCGUUCUCUGUUAUCAGGAAGGUUGAUUGCAGUUCAGCGCGUACUGAAAAGACGCAAACAUGCUGCAGAUGUCAAGCGAACUGGACUACGAAAGAGAGAGUCGUGAUUCAGAGGAGAACGCUUGGUAUGAAAGCGAUUUACAACUGGCGGCUGAGCUUGGCAAAACUUUACUUGAGCGUAACAAAGAUCUAGAAAGUCAACUGUGUCAGUAUCAACAGUCAAACCAUGAACUGGAGCUGGAAAACACGUUUUUGGCGAAGCAGCUGGACGCCCUGCGAGAGGUUAAUGAAUCCAGGAUGAAAGUUUACGAGGAUUUAGAUAAAACUUCACAGGAACAGGAGGCCGCCAACCAGAAAAUGAUCGUAGAAUUGAAAAUCGAUAAGCAGACGAUCCAACAACUUGAAGAAACAGUCGACGUUCUGGAAAAGAAAUGUAACGACCUACAGACGGAAGUAGACGACUACAGACGUGCAGAAACGCAGCGGCAACGCGUUGAGCAGCGGCGGAAAACUAGAAGUGUGCCCAGUCUCAAUGAAUCAAACGCACUCAAAAGAUAUUACGACCUAGGAGAUAUUUAUGACUUGAACAGUCUUCCAUUAAAUCGGUAUGAAAAAGAAAUACACGAACUUCAAGAGACGGUAAAAAAGCUACGCGCGCAACAAGUGAUCGAAAAAAGAAAGCGCGAUGAAAUAGCAGACGAACUUUCUGCCGCCACUGCUGAGAGCCAAAAUUUUGAAGCCAGAGUAAAGGAGCUGGAGGCAGAUUCACUAAAACUGAAAGCUCUGCAAAGCGAACUGCAGGAUUUAGAAAUGAGAAUGGGUAAAAUGUGCAUUCGAUGUAAAGGUGAGUUGAAUCUCCACAAAGAAAUUGAACAUGAAGUGCUGGAACCGCGUGUCGAGAGCGACUUCACAAAUGUUGUUCACGCCAAAGUGGUUCGACUUCAGAAUGGCGGUAGUGCAUACGGGAGCCAAGAAUCUCUUAACGUUUUAGCAGCCGAUCACUCAACCGGGAAUACUCCGCUCGUCUCACCUUCGCCAUCUUUAUUGAACGAAUUGGAUGCUCAGUAUCACGCUCUGGUCGAAAAAUAUGAAUCUCUGAUCAACUCAAAAUCGAAACGCGUGAGCAUUGCGACGACAACGCAGUCCUCAUCAACCGAUGAUGUCCGCCAGAAGGACGCCAGUUCUUCGAAGGAAGUUCAAACAGAUACUUUGCUCAAGAAAUACCCGACUGACCCGACCAACUGUCACUUCGACCACGGUCCACCGGAAUACAAACAAAUUUUCAAAGAAAUUUUUGAAACUCUCAGAAAAUCCAUGUCAUUCGACGAACAGUUGAAAGAGCAGAAAAUGAAGGGAAGUCAAUCUUUCUGAGCAGUUUCGCUGUCGUAAAAUUAUACUCAAACAUUUCCGUUGUCUUAAAGGCAUAGGGGGCAUUUGAUUGCGUAGGGCAUCCUUGAUACGGAUUUUGAUCAUGUUUCUGAUACUAUUCUUUUAAUGUCCUGUGUCAUUUAUACCUUGUUCAUUCAUUCAUUCCGACCACUUUGUCUUAAAGUGGUUUUCAGCUUUUUUUCUGUCUUGCCGACCAAUAUCAAUUACCAUCUCUCAACAUAAUAUGAAGCUUCCAUAUUUUAAUGUUCUGUUUUUAAAUAAGGAAGCUCAAAUGUUCAUAAUUUGGGAUAUUUAAGUCAUUCAAUGGAUAUAAUUUACAAAGCUGGCUUUGUUUUGACAAAAAA